UUUGCCCGGGCAAAGGCGGGAACCUUCUGGAGGAAUCAAAUUUGUUGAAAUGAGUAAUCGCAAAACAAAGAGUAACAACUUAGUACGUGCAGAGUCCCUUUCACAGGUACAAAGAAUUUCACGUGAAAGAUUUUGCAAUAGUACUCAUGGUGAACUAUUUGGAGUGCAAGUACAAUACAAGCACUUAAUUGAGCUGCUAAAAAGAACUGCUAUCCAUGGAGAAAGUAACUCUGUACUCAUUAUUGGACCCAGAGGAUCAGGAAAGACCAUGUUAAUAAGUCAUGCUUUGAAAGAACUCAUGGAAAUAGAACUGAGUGAAAAUGUAUUACAAGUUCACCUAAAUGGAUUGCUUCAUAUCAAUGAUAAAUUUGCUCUAAAGGAGAUCACAUGGCAGUUAUAUCUGGAAAAUGUGGUUGGAGAUAAAGUUUUUGGAAGCUUUGCUGAAAACCUUUCGUUUCUUCUGGAAGCUUAAAAAAAAGGUGACCAGACUCGCAGUUGCCCAGUGAUCUUCGUGUUAGAUGAAUUUGAUCUUUUUGCUCAUCAUAAAAACCAAACAUUGCUCUAUAAUCUUUUUGACAUUUCUCAGUCUGCUCAGACUCCAUUAGCAGUUAUUGGCCUUACAUGUAGAUUGGAUAUUUUGGAACUCUUAGAAAAAAGAGUGAAGUCACGAUUUUCUCACCGGCAGAUACAUUUAAUGAAUUCAUUUGGCUUUCCACAGUUCAUUAAAAUAUUUAAAGAACAAUUAUCUUUACCUGCAGAAUUUCCAGAUAAAGUUUUUGCUGAGAAAUGGAAUGAGAAUGUACAGUGUCUCUCAGAAGACAGAACUGUGCAUGAAGUUCUACAGAAGCAUUUUAAUGUCAAUAAAAACCUGCGGUCAUUACAUAUGCUAUUGAUGGUUGCUUUAAGCCGAAUAACUGUAUCGCACCCAUAUCUGACCUCAGCAGAUCUGAUGGAGGCACACCAGCUAUGUAGCAUGGAUUCUAAAGCAAAUAUUGUACAUGGUCUCUCAGUCUUAGAAAUCUGCCUUAUAAUAGCAAUGAAACAUUUAAAUGACAUCUAUGAAGAGGAGCCCUUCAAUUUUCAAAUGGUCUAUAAUGAGUUUCAGAAAUUUGUUCAAAGAAAAGCUCAUUCAGUUUAUAAUUUUGAGAAGCCUGUUGUCAUGAAGGCUUUUGAACACUUACAACAAUUGGAACUAAUAAAACCCGUGGAAAGAACUUCAGUAAAUUCACAGAAAGAAUACCAACUUAUGAAGCUACUUCUGGAUAACACUCAAAUUAUGAAUGCUUUGCAGAAAUACCCUAACUGCCCUACAGACGUUAGGCAGUGGGCAACUUCAUCUCUGAGCUGGCUAUGAUCCUUAUAGGCACACUUCUCUGAAAAACAAAAACAAACAAAAAGCCACUGUCUUAACAGGAUAUAUUAAUUGCAUUCCUUAUAAGAAGGAUUAUGCUUAUGGGGAACGUACAUGUAGUAUCUUGGCUGUACCUUGUAUCAU